AUGAACCCAAAAAAUCCAAAAACCACAGAACACGAUAUAAUCAAAACAAAUCUCGUGCCUUUAGAACUUAAUAAAAAAAACGAUUAUGAUCAAUUAAUUGAUAGUAUCGGUGAAGCAAAAAUUGUUUUAAUUGGAGAAGCAUCUCAUGGUACUGAAGAGUUUUAUCGUGAAAGAUGUUUAAUUACAAAAAGAUUAAUCGAGGAAAAAGAUUUCACAGUUGUGGCUUGUGAAGCAGAUUGGCCUGAUAGUUAUAAUGUUAAUCGUUAUGUACAAAAUUUUAAAACCAACACUUUCAAGUCUGCAAGGAAUUCAUUGAGAGGUUUUACUAGGUUUCCAACUUGGAUGUGGAGAAAUGAACAAGUUGAAAAAUUUAUUGAAUGGUUGAAAUUUCACAAUGCACAAUUGGAAAAAAGUCAAAAAUCUCAAAAAACUUAUAAUAGAUACAACAAAACCGGAUUUUAUGGAUUAGAUUUAUAUUCAUUAUUUACAUCUAUUGAUGAAGUAAUAAAAUAUCUAGAAAAAGUUGACAAAAAAGCUGCAGAAAAAGCUAAAAGACAUUUCUCAAAUUAUUAUCAACUUGGCUCAUCAUGCGAACAAGAUGUAGUCCAAGUUUUAGUAGAUUUAGUUAAGAAACGUUCUGGUUCCUUUUUAAAAGAAAAGCUUGAAGAUGAUAAUGAUGAGCCAGACAUAUCGAAACCAAAUAAUCAUGAUGAAUGGUUUUCAACUGAAAUUAAUGCUUUAGUUGUUAAAGAUGCUGAAGAAUACUAUAGAAAAAUGAUUGCUCCAGAAGCUAGCAGUUGGAAUAUUAGAGAAUCGCAUAUGAUUAAAAUUUUGAAAGUUUUGAUUAAAUAUUUGGGAGCACAAAGAGGAAAAGAUGUUAAAGCUGUUAUCUGGGCUCAUAAUAGUCAUAUUGGUGAUGCCAAGUAUACAGAUCAAGGACAAGUUAGAAGAGAGCUUACUAUUGGUCAAUUAGUUCGUGAGAAUUUUGGUCCUGAUAGAACUUUUAGUAUUGGUUUUACUACUCAUACUGGAACUGUUACUGCUGCAUCUGAUUGGAAUAGCAUAAGGGAACUCAAAAAAGUGAAUCCAUCCCGCCCAAAUUCCUACGAAAAUUUAUUUCAUAAAAUUGCUACUGAAACAAAUCACCCAAACUUUUUACUUUUAUUUAAGAAAAUAAAAAAUUCUUCCAAACUAUCAACAUCACCAGAAUUGAUCAACGCUUUGUCAAAACCAAAUCUGAUGGAAAGAGCAAUUGGUGUUAUUUAUCGUCCGAAUACUGAAUUACAAUCUCACUAUUUUUAUGCACAAAUCAGUUCACAGUUUGAUUCGGUAAUUCAUAUUGAUACAACUAGUGCUCUUAAAGCUUUGGAUGUUUCUGAUUUGAUGGUUAGAGACUUUGAAAAGGAAGCAGAAGAGCCUCCAGAAACUUAUCCAACUGGUGAAUAA